CAAAAACCCUAAACCCUGAACGUUACCUCGCCUCCAUAAAACACCACCUAAGCCUAAAGCCAAGACAUUACAACGCCACUCUUCUUUACUACGACUGCUUCCUCAGCCCUUUCACAGUUCAGACAGUAGCAGAAAUGAGACCCCCAAGAGGCCGCGGUGGUGCGGGAAGAGGAAGAGGAGGCGGCAGAGGUGGUGGUGGUGGAGGAAGAGGUGGUAGUGGUGGUGGAAGAGGUGGUAGCGCCAUGAGAGGCCGUGGUGGAGGCCGUGGAGGCAGAGGUGGAGGGCGCGGUGGAGGACGUGGAGGUGGAAUGAAAGGUGGAAGCAAGGUUGUGGUUGAACCUCAUAGACACGAGGGUGUUUUUAUUGCUAAGGGUAAAGAAGAUGCCCUAGUCACUAAGAACAUGGUUCCUGGUGAAGCUGUCUACAAUGAGAAGAGAAUCGCUGUUCAGAAUGAAGAUGGAACUAAAGUUGAGUACAGAGUUUGGAAUCCCUUCCGUUCAAAGUUGGCUGCUGCUGUUCUUGGUGGCGUUGAUAAUAUAUGGAUUAAACCGGGUGCUCGUGUUCUUUACCUUGGUGCUGCUUCUGGCACAACUGUCUCUCAUGUGUCUGACAUUGUUGGCCCUGAGGGUGUGGUUUAUGCAGUUGAGUUUUCUCAUAGAAGUGGUAGAGACUUAGUCAACAUGGCAAAAAAGCGAACAAACGUUAUUCCUAUCAUUGAGGAUGCUAGGCAUCCAGCUAAGUACCGGAUGUUGGUUGGAAUGGUGGAUGUGAUAUUUUCUGAUGUUGCUCAGCCUGAUCAGGCAAGAAUUUUAGCUCUGAAUGCAAGUUAUUUUCUCAAAGCUGGUGGUCAUUUUGUUAUUUCAAUCAAGGCCAAUUGCAUAGAUUCCACUGUCCCUGCUGAGGCAGUGUUUCAGAGUGAAGUGAAGAAGCUGCAACAGGAGCAGUUCAAACCUUCUGAGCAGGUGACAUUGGAGCCUUUUGAGCGAGACCAUGCUUGUGUGGUUGGUGGCUACAGAAUGCCAAAGAAACAGAAGGCUUAAAACCUGAUCAUUGUAGUGAAAAUCUAGCUUUGCUGAAUUUCACAUAUUCUUUUUUAUCUUUAAUUGGACUAGCAAUUUUGCACUCUUUUUUUCUGGGUUUUUUUUUUUGGUUUAGAUCGAUCUAUUUUGAACUGAAAUCUCGAUGUAUGAAUGUUUGUGAAACCAUUUUUGGAUAAAUCCCAAAUGUCGGUGCCCUCAUAAAAAGCUAUCAUUUUCCUCGGAAA